UGCGUGUUCAACACGGAGAGCUCUGCAGGGACAAUAUAUUUUGAGUGUGCCUUACUGUCAGCUCUCGCCUUCCCAGCUUCGCUGCCGUGUGGCUCUGCACAGCCGCCCCGAGCCCAGCCUGCUCUGGCCAGCCCUUCCUCUGGGAUCCCUGCAUUUCCACACCGCUUCUGCCCUUGCCUUCGCUGCCCACUCCUCGCUGCAUUUUAACCUCUCUUCCUCCUCUCCUCUUCCCCGCGUUUGCUCCCCUCUGCCUAUCGUUUUAUCGCCAUAUAAACCUCGGCAAUCCCAAGUUGCGGGCCAAACUUCCCUGCCCCGGGAAGGAGACCCGGGAUCCGGCCAGGCCUGGCAGCGCGGGGGCAGCUCGGGGUGCUGCCCACCUCCCGCAGGAGCAUCAGCGCCUCCAGGAGCUCCCCCCUUCAACAGGUUUUGGAGGCUUGUUUUGCACACUGACACCAUGGCACCGAGGCUCCCGGGAAUGGGGCCCUUCUCCCUCCUCAGCCUUGGAUUCCUGCUCCUGGUUCUGGCUCUCCCUGCUGAUGCUGGGCUGUCUCAGAAGCACGUCUCAGACGUGGUGGAUGACAGCAAGGACAACAUCACCAUUUUCACACGCAUCCUGGACCGGCUCCUGGACGGAUACGACAACCGCCUGAGGCCCGGGCUCGGAGACAGUGUAACCGAAGUCAAGACAGACAUUUACGUGACGAGUUUCGGCCCUGUCUCGGACACAGACAUGGAAUACACCAUCGACGUCUUUUUCCGGCAGUCCUGGAGAGAUGAAAGGCUGAAGUUUGAUGGUCCCAUGAAAAUCCUUCCCCUGAACAACCUGCUGGCCAGUAAGAUCUGGACUCCUGACACUUUCUUCCACAACGGGAAGAAGUCUGUUGCCCACAACAUGACAACCCCCAACAAGCUGCUGCGCCUGGUGGACAACGGCACCCUCCUGUACACCAUGAGGCUGACCAUCCACGCAGAGUGCCCCAUGCACCUGGAGGACUUCCCGAUGGACGUGCACGCCUGCCCCCUGAAAUUUGGGAGCUAUGCCUACACAAAGACAGAGGUGAUCUACACCUGGACCCUGGGGAAGGAUAAAUCUGUGGAAGUAGCCAAGGGUGGAUCUCGCCUGAACCAGUAUGACCUGCUGGGCCAUGUGGUUGGGACAGAGAUGGUUCGAUCCAGCACAGGGGAAUACGUCGUCAUGACCACUCACUUCCACCUCAAGAGGAAGAUCGGGUACUUUGUGAUCCAGACCUACCUGCCCUGCAUCAUGACUGUCAUCCUGUCCCAGGUCUCCUUCUGGCUCAACAGGGAGUCCGUCCCUGCCCGCACGGUUUUUGGUGUCACCACGGUGCUCACCAUGACCACACUAAGCAUCAGCGCCAGAAACUCGUUACCCAAAGUGGCGUACGCGACGGCCAUGGACUGGUUCAUAGCCGUCUGUUAUGCCUUUGUGUUUUCUGCGCUGAUCGAGUUCGCCACCGUCAACUACUUCACCAAGCGCAGCUGGGCCUGGGAUGGCAAGAAGGUGCUGGAGGCCCAGGAGAUGAAGAAAAAAGAGCCGGUGGCGCUGGCCAAGAAAACCAACAACACCUACAACAUCGUGGGCACCACCUACGCCCUGAACAUGGCCAAGGAGCCCGGCCUGCCCACCAUCUCCAAGAGUGCUGCUGUCACUGCCACGGCCACCAGCGUGCCCCCCAAGAUGCCCCGGCUGGAGGAGAAGCUCCCCGAGAGCAAGAAGACCUACAACAGCGUCAGCAAGGUAGACAAGAUGUCCCGCAUCGUCUUCCCAGUCCUCUUUGCCAUUUUCAACUUGGUCUACUGGGCCACCUAUGUGAACCGGGAGUCAGCUAUCAAGGGAAUGAUCCCCAAACAAUAGAACCGGUCACACAAACCUUCCAUCAGUCAGCAUCAUCCCAGCAGGAAUUCUCCAGGGCUUUCUUCUUUUCUGGUUUUGUUUAAUUAUUAUUGUUCAGUUUACACUAUUAUUAUUAUUAUUAUGUCUUUUAUAAUGUAAACAAAACUGUGAUUUUAAUUUAAUCCCACCUAUAUUUUGGUUUCUUUUACUUUGAUGAUGAAAGCUACAAAAAAAAAAAAAAGAAGGGAUCAUAACAAGUUGUGCCUCUAACAUCUUAAGUCUGCUGUCACCCAUCUGAGCAGGUCAUUCUGUGCUGCCAUCUCUCCUCUGCCACCUCCUGUGGUCCCCGUGGUCUUCAUGCCUCUGUCAUUUCAUGCUGUCCCCAGGGGCUGCUGCUCUGGGGCUCCUCCUCCUCUGUAUGGGCUGCCCUAGCACGGUGGAUGCUCCUGGACACCUGCACUGUGUCAGUCACUCAGCCGGGCUCCUCUUCAGUGCCUGGCACUGUGAGCUGGGUCCUGCACCUGAGCUGGUCACCUGCAGGGCCAAGGGGGCAGCCUGGCAUGGCCCAGAGCCUGCUGGGGCAAACCUAGCACUGCUGUAGUCCCCAGAGCCAUUGCAGCAUCUUGGAGAUAUUGCAGGUCUCCUUCCUCUCUGUCUUCACCAAACCCAGCUGGUUCUGUCUCUCUGGACGAGAGCGGUGGGAAAGGUCCUGUGUGGCUGGCACGCUGCACUCUUGGGGCAGUUCAUGUUAGCAGAAGUGUGGCUCCCACCAGAGAAAUCGUUUUUCUCAGCAUCAGUCAGGAAGUCCAGGCAGAAGCUUUACAAAGCCUGGGAGGAGAUGGCAGCUGUGAGGCUGCACACACUCAGCCUGAGGACUGGAAAACGCAGAAUUCCUGUUCAGAUGGAUGGUCCAGCACUUUCUCUUAUGCCCCCAUCCACUUAUCCUUCGUAGCAGAUCCUCUCUGUCCCAGCCACUUCUUCCAUCCUCCCCUUCAUCCUCCUCUGGCUGCUCAGCAGCCCCCGUUGGUGUCUCAGUGCUCACACGAGGGUUUAGGCAGGGAGGCUCCCUCCUCUGGGGUAAGCCAGGCUGAUGGGGAGGACACAGCCUGGGGAAGUCCAGCUCGUGGUUCAUCCCUGCUCCAGUGCAGGAUGUUCCUGUGGGACCUGCCAUGGGGAUGAGGCAGGGGACAGGUGUCCCCCAAGCCUCUCCCUGCCCCUGGUGAGCUGUUGCAUCCUCAGCACCAGGGGAAAACUGCUCUGGGGAAGAGCAGGGUGACACAGGGUCCCACAGAGCCAUGUGAGCCAGGUGCCAUCCCACAAAGCCACUGAGGCAAGACCCAGUCUAACACUGCACCCUCUUCCAAGGAAAGCCCUCCAGUGCCUUGGAGAUGGGCUUUUUCUCCCUUCCUGAUGGCCACAGAGGACACAAAGCAGUGUUUGUCCCUUUCCCAGCAGCAGCACAAAGCGGUGACAUCCAAGCCAUCCAUCCCUGGAUCCACGGGCACCCUGUCCUCCUGCAAGGAGGGACAUCCUGUGCCUGAUGAUUCCUUGGGGUAGCUCAGUCCUGCUGCCACAGAGGGGGGCACCCUCUCUUUCUUAGCCUCCCUCUGAGCCCCUGGCUGCCCCCCCAGGGCUGCCCCCAGCCUGUUUUGGGCUCAUGCAGCCAAGCCAAGGCCCCAGCACCCCCGGGGUGAUGCCUUCAGCAUCCCUUUGAGCCACUGUGCCAGGCUUAGCUCCCCCCUGCCCGUGCAGGAGCAGGGCUGAGCACAAGGCACAGGAUUUGCCCCACCUGGAAUAUCCAUGGGGGUGCCAGGAUGGAGUGAGGAAGCCCAGGACCCUUUGUCCUGCAGCGUGGGUGGCACUGCUGCAUGUCCUGCCUGUCCCUCACCAAUCUCACUGGCUCAGCAGGGGUGCAGUCACUCCCCCUGCCCACAGCUGAGAUUUUUGGAGAGUUUGCAGAUGUUUAGCCCAAUCCCAGGGUGUUGAGUCCACAGUCACAUCCACAUGGCUGGCAACAUCGGGAAGGGGGAACCAAACCCCCACCAGCUGCUGCUAAGGAAACCAGCUCUGUCCUCAUCCUCUCUCACAGCAUCUGCACCCCAAACCCUGUCAUUUCUACAGUGCCUUUCAUCCCCGAGGGCUCCCUGGUGGGUGGGAAGACCCAGGAGCUCUCCCUCUGUGCUGCAGCAUCAGGGUGGAGGAGCAGAGGGGAGGGUGCAGCAUCUCCACCCCUUCUGCUGGGCAGGGAGGGCAUCCUGGCUCCUUUGGCACCUGGUUCUGCCUGUUGGACCUCCUGCUGCUGCUGCAGCCACCCCACUGUGACAUCCCAGCUGCCCCAUCACUGCCUCGACGUGUCCCCAAGCCCCCGGGGCACCCCUACAUUCCCUCAGCAGUGAUUCCCUUCCUGCCACCCCUCUGCUCCCUGGGCUCUCCAGAGGGAAGGGCUGCAGCUGCCUGUUUUGGAAACCUUUUCUUAAAUGAGCUAGAUGAAGAGUGUCUCAUAAAACAUUCAUGUCACUCAUCAUACUCAGGCCUAAGUGAAUGGCAUAGAAACCCCACAGCAAGCAAAACCAACACAAUAAAAUGGUCACAAAGAGUAUGUUGUGUUUACUAAUGGAAUUACAGCAAGUUUAAGCACUGCACCCAGUGACUUAGCUGACUUAGCUGGCCCUGCUGGUUUCCUCUGCUAGCCUGGGAAUUCCCAAAAAUCCCUUUUACUGUCUGUCAGUGCCUGCUUUGUAGAGCUCUCCAUAAAUCAUCAGAUCUUGCCAUCAGCCUCUCAGCUGCCCAAGCACCCUGGGGCUGCCUUUGCUGCCUGCCCAGGCCAGGUGGGCUCAGUGCUGUGGGGUGAUGCUCACGAGAGGGUCUGGGCCUCCCUGAAGUGCUGGACACAGCAUUGGGGCAGCUCCUGAGCCUCCUUCCUCCCUUCACACAGCCUCAAGCUGCGCCAAGGGAAAUAUAGGUUGAGUAUUAGGAAGAAGAUUUUUACAGAAAGGGUGAUAAAGUAUUGGAAUGGUCUGCCCAGGGAGGUGGUGGAGUCACCAUCCCUGUUUAAACAAAGACUGGAUGUGGCACUCAUGGUUUAGCUGAGGUGUUAGGGAUGGGUUGGACUCGAUGAUCCUGGAGGUCUCUUCCAACCUGGUGAUUCUGUGAUUCUGUGAUUCCUGCGGUGAUCCCAUCCCUCUGGCUGAGCAGGGUGGAUUCCUGCCUGCCCCUCCCCUCUUGUCCCUCCCCAGGACGCCGCCCACUGCCCUGCCUUGCCCCUGACACCCAUCUGCUGGCUCUUCCAAAAUCGUUGCCUGACAAAGGCUGCCUUCCUGUGCCUGUGUGAGCACGCCUCGAAAGCCAAGUCUAUUCCCAACCAAAGCCUGGCAUGGGCUCUGAGUCUUUUUGCCAGCUGGAAGCAGAAAUACCGGCAUCCUUUGGUUAAAGACAACAAACCAAACAGGAUUUCUACUUUGGCUUCCAAGCAGGAAAGCAUUUUGGGAAGAUAGUUAUAAAUAAGUGGUUUAACAGCUCCUGCCAGCAGACAUCACAGAGAAGAUAAUGUUCUUUUUUUGUAAAACUGUCAGUGACUCAAAUUGGGAUUUUUCCUUCCCAGUUAACAUGAGGCUGUUGAUGGGGGCUUCUUCUAAAUGCAUGCCAGGCCAGAGCUAAUCUAGCACCAAUUACUGGAGUUUUAGGCUUGCUAUGAUAGCAUAUAAGGGUUCCAUUUUUAUAUGAUCUGUAUAGAAAUUUAUCUGUGUAUGAGCACUGAUAAUCUAAUCCACUGCUGUGCAGAGAGUGGGCACUGUGAACAUCAAGACUCCAGUAUUUCUUUUCUUCUGGCAAGGCCCAAACUUCCCUGACUCGAUGAGAAUCUCCCAUGCAGGAACUGGAAGUCUUUGAGGGUGAUCAGAGUGAUCUGGUGGUCUGCAGUCUUGUUUUGCAGCUCACACACAGUGCAGUCCCAGCCUGCAGCUGCAUUCCUGCUGGAAAUGUCACUUUGGCAUGGGUAGCUCACCCCUUCCCUCUUCUCAAAUUGCUCAUGGGCAGCAGAGAGCUCAGCCUGGGGAGGCAGGGACAGCCCCUCUGGGGUCCCUCAGCAGGCAGGGACAGCAGCUCAUGGUCACUGAGGGCUCCCCUUCAGUGUCAGUACAGAGAACAUCCCUGUGGGGUGACAAGAGAGGGCAGAGCGGGUCCCUCAGUGCCACCUGCUCUCCCAAGGGCUGAUGAAGUGACCCUCACAGAACGUCUUGAAAGCUCCUCAAACAUCACCCAGCAGGGCUGGGACACUGAGGACAGAGCUUCCCUGCUCUGCUUUGUGCACCCAGCUCAGCCUAAGCACAGCUGCCUGCACAGUCCUGACCCCUGCCAGCUCAGUGGCACUGGCAGGGCUCUGGUUUGUUUGCUGCAGGACCCCUCUGUGCAAGCAGACCCCAGGCUUGCUGUUCCCAGGCACAAGAUUGUCCCAGCCUGUCCCUGCUGGCCCAUCCUAUGGCAUCCAUUUCUCAUCCUUGAUUUCUUGUCCGUGUCUUGGAUUCCUUUCAGCCGUCCCUUGGGGAGGAUUCCAUCCCUUCCCAGGACAGGGUUUCUCCUGUUGCAGGUCACCUCUCCCAGGAAGAGCCUCUGUUCUGCUGAGAACCUCUCUGAGACUUUCAGGAACCUGGAGCUGCUGCCUCUCCCAGGGGAUGCAGGAGGGUUCUGCAGCACACAGGGUGCUCUCCCAGCAGGUUUUCCCUGGGAAGGGUUUGUCAAGGAUGUGCUGGUGCCCCCUCCCACGUUCUUGAUCCUGGGAGUGGUGGAGAGCUGGGGUGGGGCUGUCACAGCACACAGUGUCAGGCCAGCCCCCACUCCAGGCACUCUUCCCCAAAUUUUAUCCCUCCCCAGGGCCACACUUCAGCCCACCCAAUCAGACACCUGUGUGGAUUUUGCAGACUGCAGAGAAACGUUCCCUUGGCUCCUGUUGAGACUGGGGAGGGAUCAACCAGGGCAAAGGACACAUUGAUGGAAACAUAAACGCUCUAUUAAUAUUAAAGUAGGAAGAAAAAAUAUCCAAGCAACUCACCAAUCCUCUCCAUAUCAAGCUAAACUACUUCUGAAGGCAGUUUUGGCAAGAGGCCACAGCACAGAUGAGAUUGAUGGCUUCCAGGUAUAAAUAUUUACUGUUUGACCUUGUUAUUGUUCCAUCAGCCAAAGGUUUUUACAUAUUUUUAUAAAUACACAUGCCUGUGUGUGUAAAUUUAUGCUCACAAACUCUUUACAUCUAAACAUCAAACCCCUUUGUCUUUGAAAGAUAGAAUGGCCACUUUUAAUUAGUUCACUUCCCUCUCAUUCUCUUUGCUGAAUCUCCUAGAGUGAGUUGAACCCUCUCCAUUCUUUGGGAGUCACAGGGAAUAAAGGGAGCAAGGGAGAAGAGCCUCUCCCCACUCUGGGGGCUCGGUGCAGCCUUGUUGCAGGGAGAAAGGUCCUUGCUGGCACUGCUGCCCAAUAUCUUUCAGGAGAACUUCAUCCCCAGUGUCACAGCUGCUCCAACACAGCCCUUGUCCUGCUCUGGACACGGGGAUGUUCCUGAGGCAGCUUUUAAUCAGAGUGCUGCCAGCAAUUGGUCCUCACCCCAUUGCACAGCCAGGGAAUGUGCAGUGUGAGGCCUCCACCCUCACCCUGCUUCAGGAGGGAGCACAGAACCUGCUGGGAUCCACCUUGGCCUCUCCUGCCUAGCUCGGGGGAGUGCUGGCCCUUGGCCCCUGCUGGCUGCUGCUCCAGGUGGGAUGCAGGAUUCCUGACGGCGUGGUCACUGUGGGAGCUGAGGUGCCACCAGGGGUGGUCACUGUGGGAGCUGAGGUGUCACCACGUGUGGUCACUGUGGGAGCUGAGGUGUCACCACGUGUGGUCACUGUGGGAGUUGAGGUGCCACCAGGUGUGGUCACUGUGGGAGUUGAGGUGCCACCAGGUGUGGUCACUGUGGGAGUUGAGGUGUCACCAGGUGUGGUCACUGUGGGAGGUGUCACCAGCUGUGGUCACUGUGGGAGGUGGCAGCAGGGCUGUGCUGCUGUCCCUGUCCCAGCACAAGCAGCAGCACACACGGGUGUUGGGGGGCCUGUGAGCAGUGGGGCCCUGCUGGGCAGCCCCUGGCAGAGGCACCCAGCAUCAGCUCCCACCCUGCCCCUGCCCUGACUCAGGAGCAGCUUUCAGGCUGGUGGCCCCUCUGUCCCCUCCUGUGCUGCUGGAGAGAGGCUGUGGCAGUCAGCAGUGGUGUCCCAGCCAGGAAAAUGAACCCUGUCACCAGUUCUUGUCCUGGGCCUGUGCCUGCCUCCCACCACAGGGAUCUGAGCUGCUUUACACAGUCUUGGCUUUGGGUUGGUCCCAGCACUGGGCCUCUCACCUUCACCAUGAGUGGGGUCAUGCUUUUGCUCGUGAAGCUCUAGGACAAAACAUGUUCUGGCUAUUCUGUCAUGUUCCUCCCUGCCCUGUUCCUCCCUGUCCUUUUCCUCCCUGCCCUGUUCCUCACUCUCCUUUUCCUCCCUGUCCUUUUUCUCCCUCUCCUGUUCCUCCCUGCCCUUUCAGAUCUCUCCUGUACCAAACUUUCCCGGUCCCCUCUGCCGGGAGAGGGAAGCCUGGUUCCAUGCUUGCUGCUCGAGGCAGGUUUCGUGUUUGCUCCCACAGUCUUUGAAGGCUCUUGGCUUCUCUUCAGUGCUGCUUGAAGGCCCUGGCAGCUUGGUGAGACCAUUGGCUGUGAGCUGCACUCUGUCUCCCCUGAAAAGUCUGUCGGUGCCUCCUGCCUUUCUGCAAGGCACCCAGCAAAUGUACCAGCAGUCACACGCUGAGUGAUUUGAUUUUUGCAACCACAGAAAGUAGGAGCAGAGCUGGGAACCCUGAGUCACUGCCAGGCUGCCUUUGCCAGGCUGCAUUUAGAGUGGAAGGGUUCCUCUCUGCUGCCACCAGGGAGCUUCUCAGCCCCCCCAGUGCAGCCAGGUGGCCUCGAGCAUCCCUUCAACCAAGGUUGUCACUGUCCCAUGACAGUGACACUGACUAGGGGAUAGCUGCAGGCAAAUGUCCUACCUGCAGCUGAGGGCACCAGCUGCUCCUUUGGGGACAGAGUGGCACUAGCACCGUGCCAGGGCAGCCCAUCCUGGAAAAGAGCACACCUGGAAAAGAGAACACCACCACUGGCACUGCCCCGGGUCCUGUUUGCGCCCCAGCACAUCCUCAGCUUUGUUUUCCAUCUUGUGACACUCUCUUUACACCACUAGGAGAAAGGAUCUAGCUGGCAGCAGUUUAAUGCAUGACAAUCCUGUUAUUACAGCUGUAAAUAAGUAACAACUAGGAAAAAAAAAAAAAAAAAAAAAAGCAUUUUUAAAAUUUUUUGUUGACUUUAUUUUCACUAUUGACUAGCUGGUAGCCACUUUCUUAAGGGAUUUCUCAUGGAAACUGUGACCUUUAUUCUCUGUAUUUCUCCCUCUCUCUCUCUCUCUCUUUCUUUCUGAGAUUUUUUUCUGUGUUUCAAAUGCUUUUUGGUGCAAUGUUCAAUGCCUGUUUGUAUUUUUGAAUUGUAUUUUUCAACCUUUGCUGGAAAAAAAGGAAAAAAAGGCCCAUUCUAAUUGGCAGGAUUUUUAGUCCUGCCAUUUUUUUCAGCUUUUAGCUUUUUCAGUAAGUUAAAGCAACAGAAAAAUGCCUCAAAAAAUUGCAGUGAAGUUCUGAGGAGAGAUUAGAAACCAUCAGAAAAAAGAAGUACAUGAGUAAGAUCAGCAAGCUGAGUGGAGGAGGAGGGAGGACUCUUGUGACACCUACUAACCUCCUGAUGUAGCACACACGGUGGGACUAGACCUCUUCACUGAAUUAAAUCACUCUGCUUUUCCACUCUACCCACUCUCUCGAACUCCAAUCAAAACAAAUAAAAAUUCAUAUUUUAAAAAA